AUGGAUUAUAAUUGGUUAAUAUGUAAAUCAUUACAAGAAUCAGGCACAAUUUCAAGAUUUCGUAAUCCUUUUCCCUGUAGGCCUUGGCUUAAAGAUACUGGACUUGCGGCAGCUGCCAGUGGCAAUACUGGUUUAAAAGGAAUUGUUGCUGGCGGCAUUACUGGUGGUAUAGAAAUAUGUAUUACAUAUCCGACAGAAUAUGUAAAAACUCAAUUGCAACUUGAUGGCAAAGCUGGGGCAGGCAAACAAUAUGCAGGAAUGUGGGAUUGUAUAACAAAAACCAUACAGAAUCGUGGAUUUUUUGGCUUCUAUAGAGGUCUUUCCGUUUUACUGUAUGGUUCAAUACCUAAAUCAGCAGUUAGAUUUGGUUCUUUUGAAACGAUGAAAGGAAUAUUAGUGGAUGAAAAUGGCAAACUUACUACUCAGUCUAGCUUUUUAGCAGGAUUAUGUGCUGGUGCCUCAGAAGCUGUUUUUGCUGUUACUCCCAUGGAAACAAUUAAAGUAAAAUUCAUUAAUGAUCAACGAUCCGCUAAUCCAAAAUACAAAGGAUUUUUACAUGGAGUAAGAAUGAUUAUUAAAGAAUAUGGAUUUAAGGGUGUAUACCAAGGAUUGACACCCACAAUCUUAAAACAAGGGUCAAAUCAAGCCCUCAGAUUUUGUGUUAUGAAUACAAUGAAAGACUGGUAUAGGGGUGGAGAUGAAAGUGUAGUUAUACCCACGUCAAUGGUUGGUGUAUUUGGUAUAUGCGCUGGCGCAGUAUCAGUUUUUGGAAAUACUCCUAUUGACGUUGUUAAAACUAGAAUGCAGGGUUUAGAUGCUUCGAAAUACAAAAAUAGUGUAGAUUGUUUAAUUCAAAUAUGGAAGAAUGAAGGUCCAAGAGCAUUUUAUAAAGGAACUGUUCCAAGAUUAAGUAGAGUAUGUUUAGAUGUUGCCAUUACAUUUAUGAUAUACGAGUACAUUACGGACGUUUUCAAUCGAUUCUGGCCAUAAGAGUUGUUAAAUUUUUAUAAUUAUAUAUUUGAGAGCAUUUGUGCGAAUGUAGCUUUCACAAUUACAUACAUUUUAUAUUUAUAUAAUAUAUUAAUAACAGUACAUUCUAAAAACAUAUAUUUAUUUUGAAUGUGAUAUAUUAAUAUACUAUCACACUAAACAUUUUAAUCAUUGAAAAUUAAGAUAAAAUAUCGAAUUAUACUAAGGGAGUUUUGGUAUCAGUCAGUUAAACUACUGAAAGCUGCAGUUGCAUUAUAUACAAAUUUCUUUACAUGAUAUAUAUUUUUCUAAGAAAAAUUUUUAUUUCAUAUAUAUACUUCAUAUAACAGGAAAAAUUGAAUGUGAAUUUAAAUCACAGUCAUUUUAAUUUUGUUUAGAAAUUUAUUUAUUGGUGUCACAUCAGUUUUUUUCUGAUUUAAUAUAUUAUUAAAUCUUAAACAUUCCUACAUAUUCGAAUGAUCGAAUAAAUGUUAAUAUUUUGAUAAAGAUUUGUACAUGAUAUACAUAAGUUAUGUAUAUAUGUGUAUCAUCUAUUCCAAGAAAUAGCGGUGUACAGUUUAGUACAAAAUAAAGAAAUGUUUAUUGCCUGAGCGAAGGAAAAUAGACCGAUUUUUUUAUUAAUUAUUUUUAAUGAUUAUUACGUAGACAAUAAUAGAAUUCAAGUAAAAGUACAACAAGUACUGAGAAAGAGUGUACAAAGUUAAUGACUAUCAGAUAUUACUGAGACGUACAAUACAAUGUUAUUUAAAUAUACAUAUAAAGUGGAAAAGGUAUGUAGUAUUUUAAGCAUUAUAAUCUUCGCUCAGAUUCCGUAAUUAAUUACAAAAUUCUUUAAAUGUCAAAAUUUUGCUGUAGUGGCUGUGACAUUGAAGUAGAUAAAUUUAUAGAAGUUCCUUCAAAACAGAGACCUCAUAGUUUUAUAGAAUAUGCAGAAAA